AUGGCACAAUUUUACGAUGGCCAUCUAGUCAUUCCCGGUGUCUCCGACCUCCGCGAGAACACGGACAGCGAGCUUUUCGGCACACCCCAUCCCGUCCCCAAGGACCCGGGUUCUCCCCUAUCCAGCAGCUGCUCAGACGUAGACGACCCCGAUGGCUCCUUCGACAUCUCAGACACCGAUCCCUCGGAAGGUAUUUCCGAUCAGGCUCCGGAAAAGAUAAGGCCCAAACCCAAGCACCUCGAUGGUGUGCUGUGUCGAGCCGCAAUCCCUACUUCGACGAUACCGUCCAUAUCAUCCAGCGUAAACCCCUUUUUGACAUCCCCUGACAGCGAGCAGUCGCGCCUCUGGGAGCCUAAGUUGACAACAUCAGGAACCUUGGACAAUUCCAUCGCCCAGAACUUCAGUCAAGAAAGCACAGAAGCUUCGGCAAGCAGAAUGUCUCUUCAGCCGGCCGAUUUUUCAACGGCAUCCGAGCAAAGCUCCCAGGAACCCCCUCCCUCGGCGACCACAGACAAGGCAUCCGAUACAACUGUCGGCAGCGAUUCCUGUCAACAGUCAACUCCCGAGAUGCAGCAUGCGUCCAGCCGUUUUGUCCACGACAAGCCCCUGGAGAAUUACUACCGGAUGCUCCUCCGGCGCCGCGGGGUCCAGAUGACCUACCACGACCGCAACACCGCCGCCUCGGGCGGCAGGCGUCCGGACACGGAGUGGCGCUGGUGCGGCUUCGACGGGUGCUCCAAGGAAGCAUGCCGGUAUACUGGAGGAGGGGUCGGCGUUGAGAACCUUCCGGUGCUCCUUCUCGCGCCCGUCGACCUCGAAUCAGACUACCACCUGCUGAGGGAGCUCAUCUUCGCGUUCGAGGCCGCGGGGCUGCACCGGAGCGCCUUCGUCGCGUUCGCGACGUCACCGCCCGUGGUUCGGGCGAUGGCGGAGUACAUCUCCUCCGUCGUCGACAGCAAGGGGGUCCUGACGAAGUGCUUCUGGGUCGAGGGCGUGCUGGACAUGGCGGCCGAAAAGUUCAAGGGUGAGGGGUUGGCGCGGGAUCCCAAGGUCACCAACGAUGGCCUGCCUACUUCACUUACUUCGCAGGGUUCAGCGGACCGUCACGGUGAGCCUUCGUUCUACCAGCACAGUUCAGAGACGGACACGGCGCGGGACCUCAUGUUCCGUGCGAUGAUGCGCCUUGACGUCUGGCGCCGGAGGCAGGUCGCCACCGAGGCGUACCCGUGGGACUGGGACGCGUCUGGCGCGGCGGCGGCGACAGCGGCGACGUACAAGAUCGUCAUCGGCGUCUACCGCGAGGCGUAUGGCCGCGGGUACGUGGCCCUCCGGGACGCCGACCAGAACGCGCAGGACCGGAUGUGGAUGCUGUGGUGGGACAGGUUCCGGCCGUGGGCGGAGUGUAAGGGCCCCUUCGUCGCCGAUCUCGAGACCGCUGACAUGGAAGCUAGGAACGAGGCCAGGCGCGGAGAUAACGGCGAGGAGGAUGAGAAAGAGGACGAUGAGAAACGAGCAAGUGUCGCUCCGGAAGUCGACUUGUACGAGGGCGUUGGGCGGUAUAUGGCCUCCUGGUGGCCCAACCAGCCGAGAGCACCUGGUGUGGACUUGUCUCUGGAGCAUUGA